CUCCACUUCCCCUCAUUCACUCUCAGGGCUCGGCACGAAUCGCUUGAACUGCAGCAAAUCCGCCGCAGCCCGGUGAGAGCAUGGCUUCCGCAGCGAAGGACCCGCCACUCGGCGCGCAGGUCGAGGUCCCCGCGGGGCGCGGCACAGUGCGGUUCUGCGGGACGACGUCCUUCUCGGCGGGCAAGUGGAUCGGGAUCGAGCUCGCCGAGCAUAAUGGCAAGAACGACGGGGCCGUCCAGGGUAUCAAGUACUUCACGUGCAAGCCGGGGUAUGGUGUCUUUGUGAGGCCGAGCCAGGUCAAGGUCGUUGCGCUCGAGCCGCCGCCGAUAGUUGCUCCUUCAGCGACUCGACCAGGUCUCGGACAUGCAAGAACAGGAAGCACAGGCGGACGGGUUGCCUCCGCACGUCUCACUCCUGCAUCCCCUGGUCGCACCGCUCCUUCUUCUCCAGGCCGCACCGCUCCCUCCUCGCCACGCGCCGUACCCUCUUCGCCACGCGCCACAAGUCCCGCGAAGCCUACUGGACUCACGCCUUCUCCCCUCGCUCAGCGCCUCGGCUCGCCAACGAAGCGUAACACACACUCCCUUCAGAACCGUGCUCCGCUGUCGCGGAGGUCUUCCAUUAACCCUGACCCUGCGGUAAGCCCGAUACUCAACCGCCAGGGUAGCUUUGAGUCUGCCUCGGGGGAUGUACCAUCGAAGCCGUUCCCGAAAGGCCUCGCGCCCUCACCUAUGUCGAUUUCAGCACACGCGCCUCAGCCCCCAUCCUCUCUGCGCCGCGUCUCCGGGGAUUCCCCAGAGCCCCAGUCACCCGUUAUCCAAGAACCUGAACGCCCAAGGACACCAGAGAAGGCACCAGCUCCGCCCCCACCAGAUGACACAGAGCUGCAAGAGCUCCGCGCCAAGGUGCGCGUGCUCGAGGCCAAGCGCGCCGACGACGCACGGCACGUCCGCGAGCUCGAGACACGCCUCGCAGAGGCCGAGUCCUUCGUCGCGCUCCGCCCGAAGCUCCAAGCGAAACUGCAGCAACAGCAGACGGAGCUCAUCGCGACGCGCCGCGAGCUCGCGGACGCGCAGCAGCUUGCCGCGCUCGCGGACGGCCGCAUCGUGGAUUCGCAGGAGCAGCUCGAGAUGGCGAUGUUGGACAAGGAGAUGGCGGAGGAGAGGGCGGAGCUCGCGGAGACGGAGUUGGAGGAGGUGAAGGAGAAGUUGGCGGUGGUGGAGGUUGAGCUGCAGGUAGUGAGAGAAGGCGGAGGAGAGGCGGUCGAAGGUGCGGAGAACAACGUUAAGCAGUCUCUCGCACAUGUCCAGUUGGAGAGGCAGAACGAGCGACUCAAGGAAGCACUCAUUCGACUGCGCGAUAUCACCUCAGAGAGCGAAACUGAGAACCGCAAGCGAAUCUCCGAGAUGGAGAAGGACGUCGCCACUCUCGACGACCUGCAGGCACAACACGAGGAGGCCCUCUUCAAGUUGGCCAAUGCCGAGGUGCAAGUUGAGGAGCUGAAAAUGCAGCUUGACGACGCCCUGGGUGCAGAAGAGAUGCUUGUGCAACUUACAGAACGCAACCUCAUGCUAGGAGAGAAAAUCGAAGAGAUGCGCAUUACUAUCGAGGACUUGGAGGCGCUCAAGGAACUUAACGACGAGCUUGAGGAGAACCAUGUCGAGACGGAGAAGUCUAUGCAAGAGGAGAUUGAGGCGAAAGAGACACAGAUACGCGAGCAGGCAGCCAAGAUCGCUUCCUUGGAAGAAGCAUGCCAGGACCUCGAGGGCACUAUUGUUCGAUUCAGAGAGCUUGUGAUGCAACUGCAGACGGAGCUGGACACCCUCCGGUCAGAAACGCAAAGUGCACAGCAAGAAUCCGUCACAGCGGCCUCUCAGACCGCCGCCAUGAUGUCGCUCAACCUCAAGCUGCAGUCCAGUGCCUCCAAGAACCAGGCACGCUACAUCGACCUCGAGAUCAAGCGCAUCGAGGCGAAGGAAGCGCACGAGCUGCUCAGCAUCGUCCAGCCGUACCUCCCGCAGGUCUACCUCGAGUCGGACACGGAUGCGACGAGCUGCUACUUGUUCUUCCAGCGGUUAGCGCAGAAGCUGGACCUCAUCAACACUGUGGCUGCGCAGAAUCAUAACUUGCCCGAGUCUUUGAACGGCGCUGUGUCCCACGUGCUUGUUGGUGUCUGUGAAAUGCGGGGACGCUUGUCCGCUCUGUCCACAACAUGCAAACGCUUCGCGUCCAUUCUGCGUCAAUGCGAUGUUGAAUCUUUCCUGAACAUCGGGCGUAUAUAUACCGAUAUCGCACCCAUGGAGAAACGCAUAGACAUGCACGUUGACCUCAUGCGCCGUGAUGAGUUCCGCGACGCGGAGUGUGUCAGCGACGCGGCCAAGAUGCAGGCCCAAUUCGACCAUUUGGCAGAGACUUACUUCAAUGGCUACGAGUUCGACCUGGGCGAGCGCGAGCUCGGCAUGGCCCUUGCGUGCGACCAUGACCUUGAGAUGUUUGCCGCCGCCGUGGGUCUCGUCAAGACGUCCGUAGCCGCUGUCCUGAAGGAUGAAGAUGUCGAGGUCGAUCUCGGAGAGUUGGAGCCUGACGCAGUCUUCUUCCAGCCUUUGCAGAGACUGCUCGACCAGUCGAGGAGCGCUCGGGUUUUGUCCAAGAAACUCUCGAAGAGGCUAGAAGAUCUCACACAAGAUUCGUCUGCGUUGAAAGCACACUUCGUUCCUCAAUUGAAACCCUUGACAAACCUCGCUCCUGAACUCGUCAACUUCGGUUUCUCUCUCGCACAGCUAGUUGGGCCAUACCUUACCGAAGUUCGUGGGGAGAAAUCGGCCUUCAAGUUGUCAAGUAUGCUCGCCUUCGUGCAGCAGACUGCGACAGCUACUGUAGGACAAGGACGGAAGGACGAUGUCUCGUCUUGGGAGUCGGUCGCGGAUUUCAUCACCCAGGUCAUCCAGGAGACGAACAAGCUGCUACCUGCGUCGAUGGAGAACGAGAACCUGCUGAAGAUCUCUGGGACUGCUCCCUGGGUCGUCCGCGUCGCCGACAUCAAGGCCGCUACCGCGAUCAACGUCGAGGCCGAGCGUAAGGUCGCGCAACUCAACGACGAGAUGCAGGCGCUCGUGCGUACGCUCCGGACGCGCGACCAGCAGAUCCAGGAGUCGGGCGUCAAGAUCGAGCUCAUGGAACACCGUAUGGAGGCAAGCAAGAAGCAAGCUGACGCCAUUGUUGACCUGGAGAACGAGCUGUUGAAGGCUCGCAAACAAGAGCGGGCGUACGAGGAGGCCAUGGAGCAGCUUCAGGCGGAUCUGGAUGCCCUCGAACAGGACAAUGCGAAACUCAAGACAGCGGCGAGUACGACCGAGGCCAAACCUGCAGGGCCUCAACCGGCAGAACAGGAGACCGUCGCGGUGGAAGGCAGUCUCGAGACCUCAUAUCUUCUCGAACAAAUCGAAGCCUUCCGUGGCACUGUUCGUUUCCUCCGCACAGAGAACUCCUAUCUCAAGGGACAGGACCUCCUCCGGGAGAUUGAGUCACUACCGCCACUGCGUGAGCCCAUCAGUCGCGAGCCAACACCGCCGCUCGUGCCGUCGACGCUCUCAGAUUCCGAGGACUCCGACUCCGACGAGCUGCCUCCACCGCCGACGCUCCGCACGCUCGCCGCAGAGUCCAAGCUCCUCUACCGCGAGGUCAUCAACUACACCUCGUCCCCGCGCAUCGUCGACCUGUCCGUCAUGCGGGCGAAGCGGGAGGGCGAGAAGGCGGCGAAGCAUUGGGUGCCGAAAGAGAAGACGCCGGCGUACCAGGUGCUGAAACGCAAGAUGGAGGGCGAGCGGCUUGGGAGGCGUUUGCAGGGCUUGCUCGAGCGGACUAGUGCGCUUGCGGCGCGGUGAUUCUGGUUCCUCGCGGCGGUAGCUAACUUAUGUACUUCCUUUUGUCUCUCAGGUAGAUUAUAUCCUACGUACUUAGUUGCAUCAUACCCUCAUGUCUGUCAUUAUGCAUAUCUGAACUUGCAUUCGCAUCCUCG